AUUGAUAGAGGUCUUCAACCUCGCACACAUCCACAAUGCGGCUCCCACUCAAUCUUCUCGCGCUUACCCUCUCAAUCCUACCUUCCACCCUCGCUGUCUUCGCCGACGAGGCCUACAGCAUCGACUACCAACACGAACUCCUCGGCCUCCCACAACCACACACAACAUUUUUCCAUCGACCGCGAAGCGAUGAGAAGGCCACUCUUUUAUACACUUUAAGUGACUUAGGCGUCCUAGGCGCUGUACACCCAGGCACUGGAAAGGUUGUUUGGAGGCAGAUUCUUGAUGGUGAAGGAUAUCUAAGAGCUGUGGAGGGAGAAGGGACACUGGUCUCAGGGACGGGAAAGAGUGUGCAAGCAUGGGAUGCGAUGAGUGGGCGGGGAAAAUGGGGGAAUUAUUUCACGGGACAGGUGAAGGAUAUCGAAGUCAUGGAGACUGCGGCCGUUGGAGAGGGCGAAAAAGAUAUACUGGCGCUAUUUGAAGAGGAUAGGAAGGCGGUUCUGAGGAGGCUGAAGGGUGCGAAUGGGGAUGUAAAAUGGGAGUAUCGGGGCUCGACUGAGGAUUUACCUCUCCAGGUUAGCACGAAUGUGAAGGAUGUCUUUGUAGUCUCGCUGCAUGGCGCGAGAGGAGGGUACAAUCUUAAAGUCUCGAUCCUGGAUCCGGUUACUGGGAAGAAGGUCAACGAGUAUACGCUUACGGCAAAGGGGGAUGUGCACGCUCCGGAGGAUGUUCUCCUUGUUGGUGCUAACUCUGCGGCGCCGAUUAUCGCUUGGACAGACAAGACGAUGAAGAACCUGAAGGUCAAUAUUCUGGGCAAAUCCGGGAGCUUACAAAGCCUACCGUUGAAGGAGUCAGAUGGGGAGAUUGUGAAGGUCACCAUUCAUGCGCCGGAAUUGGUACAAUCGAUGCCGCAUUUCUUGGUUCAUAGCCAGUCAGCGCUUUCCAACCGAGCAGACGUAUAUCACAUCGACCUCGCAACCGGAAAUAUCAACAAAGAGUACGAGCUACCAAAGCUGCCUGGGAAAGGAGCAGUUUCAACCAGUUCUCAAGAUGCCAAUGUGUAUUUCACGCGAACUACACAAGACGAAGUCAUUAUUGUCUCCUCUGCUUCCCAUGGAAUCCUUGGACGAUGGCCCAUCAUGGUUGGCAAACAUCACGGUUCUUUUGUUCAUGGAGUUGCAGAAGUCGUUCAAAGAAGCACUGAUAGUUAUGCCGUCAGAUCUGCUAUCCUCAUGAGCGAGGAAGAUUGGGUCAUGGUCCGCAAUGGAGCCGAAGCUUGGACUCGUGUCGAAGGUCUUUCCGGAGCUGUUGCUGCUGAGUGGGCCGAGAUCCCUGAGUCUGAAAGUCUGGCUAAGACGCUCGAGGCCGAAGCUCAUAGCAACCCUCUAUCCGCGUAUAUCCAUCGUUGCAAGCGUCACAUCAACGACUUGCACAAUUUGCCUGGCUACCUGCAAGAACUUCCUUUCCGGAUUAUCAGCAGCAUCCUUUCCACUGAUGUUACUUCUCACAAACCUGAUGUCUUGGUACGAGACAAUUUCGGCUUUCACAAGCUGGCCAUUGUAGCUACGCAACGUGGCCGGGUCUACGGUCUUGAUUCAGGCAACCAAGGCGUUGUUGUCUGGUCUUUGAAGGCCUUCGACAUCUCUGCUGGUAAGAAAUGGGAUGUGAAAGGAAUUUGGGUUGAUUCGUCGAAUGGCAUUGCAACAAUCAGAGGAGCAGAUGGAGAGUAUAUCUUGGUGCAAACUCUCACUGGGAAAGCUGAUGAAAAGAUGGACCCCGGCCACUGGCCCCCGGUCCAGAGUGCUGCUGUCGUUGACAGCCCUGCAGGUCCAUGGAUCCUUCCAAUCGGUCUGGAUGGCAACCCUGGCGACAUCCCGGCAAAAUGGACUCCUAAGGAGUACUUAGUUGUUCAAGGAAAGGGCGGCGAAGUGAAGGGACUGAAGUUUGACAUCCAAGGUCCUCUUGCCGUUCCGAUCACUGCAUGGACUUUCCAACCUCCCGUUGGACAAAAAAUCGUCAAAGUCAUGUCGAGACCAGCACACGACCCUGUUGCUUCCAUCGGACGCGUUCUUCCUAACCGCACUGUUAUGUACAAGUACCUGAACCCUAACCUUGUUCUUGUCACAGCUGUUUCCGAAGCGGCUGCUAUUGCGACCUUCUACCUACUGGACUCCGUCUCUGGGGACAUGCUUCACUCGACGACUCACAGAGGAGUCGAUACCACUCAACCAAUCACCUCGGCUAUAAGUGAGAAUUGGUUCGUCUACUCUCUGUGGAGCGAUAUAUUGCCUACAACCAGUGGCCUCCCAGCAUCCAAAGGCUAUCAACUUGUUGUCACGGAACUUUACGAAUCCGAUGUCCCCAACGACCGGGGACCACUGGGAGCAAGCUCGAACUCCUCGAGUCUCGAGCCAUCUGACGUCGCCAAUGCCGAACCAGCUUUGCCUCACGUUAUCUCCCAGACUUUCCUCAUUCCCGAAUCAAUCAGCCAUAUGUCCGUCACUCAAACACGCCAAGGCAUCACGGUUCGCCAACUCCUUUGCACUCUUACAUCUUCGAACUCAAUCGUUGGCAUACCACGAACCAUUUUGAAUCCAAGCAGACCAGUAGGACGUGAUCCCACUCCAGCUGAGGCAGAGGAAGGACUCUUCCGCUACCAGCCAGUCAUUGAAUUUGACCCUAAGAUGAUCCUCACGCACAGGCGCGAGGUGAUUGGCGUGAGGGAUGUCAUUACCACACCAGCUCUUUUGGAAAGUACAAGCUUGGUGUUUGCCUAUGGUAUUGAUGUUUUUGGGACAAGGGUUGCACCCAGUGCGGCGUUCGAUAUCCUCGGGAAGAGUUUCAAUAAAAUGAGUUUGGUUGCUACGGUUACUGCAUUGGGUAUUGGCGUUGCGGUAUUGGCGCCUAUGGUAAGGAAGAAACAGAUUAAUGGGAGGAUGAUGACUGCAUAGAUUUUUUAUUGUAUGAAUAAAUAAGAUGAACAAAGUAUUUACAGUUCAGAAGAAUCUUGGUUCUGAUUUCGUGACGAAAUUGGGUCCUGUUUUCUAAUAGUAAGGUUUGCAACAAUCGCCGAACUGGG